UCCUUCGCGAACCCCACCGGCCCACGCCACCAUCUUCUCUCUGUUUAUAGGUAUCUACUGAAAUCCAAAAGGUUUUGACCUACUGUUACUAGAAAUCAUAGCCUCUCGAUUAGGAGUUAAGUUUAUGCACUAGAAGGGACAAUUCAAGUACCAGCUUUAUAAAGGGUGACAUAUCAUAGUUAGAACUAGAAAAUGGCAUGUAAGGGGUGUUUGGAGUGCCUCUUGAAGCUGAUGAACUUCUUGUUAGCCCUUGUGGGUCUGGCCAUGGUUGGAUAUGGAAUAUUCCUCUUUGUAGAGUAUAAGAAUGCUGCAUCCUCCGGCAAUCAUCCAAAUAUGCAUUCGAGUGGCGAAUUGAUCCAGUUAGGUCGCCCGAUGCUCAUGGCUGUGUCUUUGGAUAGCAUUUUCGAUAAGCUCCCCAAAGCUUGGUUCAUAUAUUUAUUUAUAGGAAUUGGAGUAGUUCUUGUCGUCAUUUCUUGUUGCGGUUGCAUUGGUGCCACUCUACGGAAUGGUUGCUGCCUGACUUGUUAUUCAAUAUUUGUGAUCUUGUUGAUCUUGAUAGAACUGGGAUGUGCUGCUUUUAUGUUCUUUGACAAAAGCUGGAAGGAGGCAAUUCCAACUGACAAAACUGGAAAUUUUGAUAUGAUAUAUGAUUUUAUGGAUAAGCACUGGAAAAUUAUCAGAUGGGUUACUCUUGGUGCUGUUAUAUUGGAGGCGCUUGUAUUUUUGUUGGCGCUUGUUGUGAGGGCUGUCAACAGACCAGCAAAUUAUGAUUAUGAUAGUGAUGAUGAGUCCACAGGUUCAAGGCGGCAAACCCGACAGCCAUUGCUCAACAGGACAGCAGCAGUUCCCUCUCCAGGUGUCUCUGCUGCUGGUACCCUUGAUCAACGUCCAAGUAGGAAUGAUGCUUGGAGUGCACGCAUGAGGGAAAAGUAUGGUCUUGAUACAUCGGAAUUCACAUACAAUCCAUCUGCGUCUAAUAGGCACCUGCAAGAUGCUACACAAUCUUCUGAGGAAAAGAGCCGUUGCAUCAUAAUCCCCGUUUUGGAAAGUAUCCGAUUGCAUCACUUUCAGUAUGGUCUUGAUACAUCGGAAUUCACAUACAAUCCAUCUGCGUCUAAUAGGCACCUGCAAGAUGCUACACAAUCUUCUGAGGAAAAGAGCCGUUGCAUCAUAAUCCCCGUUUUGGUUCUGCACAAAUUCUGA